AUGUGUGCAAAAAAUGAGGGUGGGAGAUGUUCUAUUUUUAUCGAUGAAGGAUUCUAUGGAUCUCGCAUUGUAUCUUACAAAGAUGAGCUCAAUGCUUUAGGAGUUGCCAAUGAUAAUAACAAGGAAUGCCAGUUGCUUGCUAGCUACCUCAAAUGUCACUCCAACAUUGAAACAAUUUCCCGAAUCUAUAAUUUCUUGUCUACAUACAAGUGGGUCCCUGUCGACGAAGAUGUUUUGGAAAAUUGCAAAUAUGAGAACACAAUUCUUGACUUCUUUGCCGAGACUUUUGAUGUCAAAGUUCAUCCCUCGGUUGAAGACUACUGUAAGCUCUGGAAGUCAUGGGAAAGUUCAGAAGGGUGUCAAAUCACACACAAAGAGUGUUGCGCCUUUUGGGAGUUUGUGGUGCGAAAUUGGACCCCAGGAAUGGAAGAUACUUUCAAAAACAACUUAUCCAAACUCCUUGUUUUGGAUCCUGCUUCCAAUGUCAUUUUUCUGUUUGACAAGUGUGACGUGUUCAUUGGUGAUGAUCUUUUCUUGACUAAUCUCUUUAUAAAAACCUUCUCUCGUCCCAUAUUCGUAUGGUUUCCUCAGCCAAGUCAGAAAACCCUAACCCGAACCAAGCUUGUGGAGAUCUACACCAGACUUGGUGUUCGUACAUUGUCUGAAUCUGUAAAGAAAAACACAUCUGAUGUUGAUCAUGAUGCAUUCAAGCCGGUUGAUUCAAAAGAAAAGAUCAACAAAAGGGGUUUGUUUAAACUCAUUCUUGCAUAUCUUGUUGAUCCUAAUCUGAAAAUUGAGCUGGAUAAGAGACAUGAAGCUGUUAGCAGUGUGCUUGCGAUCGAAGCUUUUGAGACACCGGAAAAAAUGUCGAAGAUGGAGAGAGCUUCUGGUCAUAAGAAUGUUAUUGAAUACGCUUCUCAUUUUGCUGAAGAAAUAGCAGAGGGAGUUCUGUGGGAUAAUGAAGAGCUUGUUCCAGAUCUGUGUAAGCUCAUAAGGCUGGGGUUUCUGUUGGAGUUUGAUGAGGAAGCAGUUGAGUUCCUCAUGAAGAUCAAGAAUCUGCAGAUCUUUUUGGAGGAUCACGACUACCUUACUUCCACCUUCUCAUCUUAA